UACCGGAGGAGCUCAGAGCAGUGCUGAACUGUGCUGCAUCACUAUACAGGGACUACACCAGGGACUACACCAGGAACUACACCAGGGACCAGAACUCAUGGAUCUACAUGCUGGUUUAAGCCCCAAGAGGGUCUCCGUCACUGGACUCUUCCUCUGGUGUCUCCUCUUCGGUGCUGUUGGUGUCCACGCUAAGAAUGACUGUAAGGAGCUCCCUGUGUUCAGCCCGUCUCCACUGGUGGUGAAGCAUGGCGACCCCGCUAUAGCCACAUGCUCCAUCUGCAACAACGACAGCUCCUGUGACUACGAGCUCCGCCUGGAGGAGCCCUUUCAGGCCAGUGUCAAGAAAGGGAACCAAAUGCUCUGGAACGUCCCCAACAUGACAGAUUGGAGUUUGCAGAUAUAUUGUUUUAUAUUUGACACCAGCUGUAUAACCUCUCUGGAAGUGAUUGUUUAUCAGCCUCCAGAGAAAGUGUCCAUGAGCUUUAGGAACCACUCGGGCCGCCUGCUGGAGAACCCCUCAGGGCCCCUGGAGGAGGACCAGCUGUACUGUCUGCAGUGUGAGGUGGAGGCUGUGGCUCCUGCUCAGAACAUGACUGUGGCCUUUUACAGGGGCCUCACUGAGCUGAGUGUCAUGAGAAGCAGCACAACAGACAAGCGUCCAGUGAACGUGAACUUGUGUUUGAACCACACCGUGAGCAGACAAGACCAUGGCGCCACCUUCUGGUGUGAGGCCAGACUGGAGCUGGGGCCUGAAGGCCCACAGCCCCCUCCAGUGGUCAGGUCACACAACAUCACUGCCAACGUGCUCUAUGUCCCAGUGACAACCACAGUAGCACCGUAUGUCCCCACAACGACCACAACAGCACCAUAUGUCCCCACGACGACCACACCACCAUAUGUCUCCACGACGACCACGGCAACAUCAUAUGUCCGGAGGAAGACCCCAGCAACACCAUAUGUCACCACGACGACCACAGCAACACCAGUGGACAGUGUAACACCAACAAACAAGAGUUCUGCAGGACAGUCAUCCGUCCUCCACCACAGCCUCUACACCUCCAUCUUUGUUUGGGUCUGCUGGGGUCUAGUGUCCCUGCUCUGAACCUCCUGCUCUCAGGGAAGGUGCAAGAGAGAUGGAGGUGAGGGACAAGAGGGACCAGACAACUGUGAGUGUAAAGUGCAUACGACGGGAUCUCCAAGGUAAAAAUUUGUUGGAUUGUUGUAAAUAAUAAUUCUCAUAGUUUUCUCAUCGUUUUACCAUAGUCAGGUCAUGGUUUGUGAAGGAAAAAGUUGAAAAUUAGGAAGUAGCUAGUUGUUGUAGUAGGCUAGUGGUUAGGAGUAGUAACAGUAAAGUACAUAUUGAAAAUGCAGGGUCAAUUUAUAUGCAAGGCACACAUUUUUUUCAGGUGUUGUCAUAUAUUUUUAUUUGUCAAGUAAUUACUGUUGUAUUAAUUAGAAAAACUCUGACCCUUGGUGACAUUAUGGUUGCUAGGUAACAGUUAAGGACGUGCCUUUACAUUAUGGCAGCCAAUUAGGAAGUAAAACUAUAAACUUCAAUAAACAGAAUUUUAGAAAAGUGUUCUUAUGAUGUUAACUGUACAGACUGUCCAUCCUGUCAUAUGCAUAUGUCACAUAAAUGCUUUAUCAUAAUUGAUGUUCUAUGAAUGUACUAGUUUUGUUUUAUUUGUUUGUUUUUCUGAUCAGGACCUGGAGUAAACUAUGACUAAAUGAUGAGAAUAAACAAUGGUUUAACAUAAACCUGGUCUGAUACAGGACUAGAACAGGACAGUCUGAAACGAGAAUGUAUCAGAUCUAAAAUGGUGACGGCCUAAAUCAGGGCUAUCCCAUGACCCAUUACCCAUUACCCAUUACUCAUGACCCAUGACCCAUGACCCAUGACCCAUGUUCAGUCUGUCCACUCACACACCUGCUAAGACAAUAAAGGAUUCAUGUAACCAACCU